AUGGUCAAAGACGUGGUGAAGGAAGGUCUGACCGAUCAGACCACCAGACUCCCCAAGUCGAAGCUGCUGCUUCUCUUCCUUGGUCUUCAGAUAGCGCUCUUUCUUAGCUUCAUCGACUCGACCAGCGUUAGCACGAUCUUACCGAUUGUCGGAGCCGAUCUCAACGCUACAAGCUCCAUAACAUGGGCUGGGACCGCUUUCUUAGUUGCGAAUACCAGCUUUCAGGUCAUCACGUCCCGUUUGUCAGACUGUUUCGGUAGGAAAAUCGUUCUGUUGGGAUCAUUAUUUCUAUUCGCACUAGGUGAUUUGCUGGCAGGGUUUGCUACAAACAAAGUAUGGCUGUACUGUGCAAGAGCAGUGGCGGGUAUUGGCGGAGGAGGAAUCAACUCGUUGUCCAUGAUCAUCAUGUCAGAUGUAGUGACUUUACGUGAAAGGGGUCAAUACCAGAGUUUACUGGGAAUUGGUAUUGCCCUGGGUUCAGGCGUUGGUCCCUUCCUUGGAGCCAUCUUAGCUGAGAGAGUCAGGUGGUCCUGGGCUUUCUGGAUAAUUGCACCUUUGACUGCUCUUACGAUGGUUCUUAUACAAUUCACUGUGCCUCUUAAGCCUGUCAGUGGUGACUUUAAGGAGAAGUUGAGAAGUAUGGACUGGAUCGGGAGUGUUCUUAGUUUGACUAUGACCGUCACUAUACUCGUCCCUUUGAGUGGAGGAGGAUCGACAUUUGCCUGGAAUAGCCCAAUUGCCAUAGCUCUUUUCGUUGUGGGAGGUCUGGCUAUUACCGGGUUCAUAUUGGUAGAAACAUAUGUGGCCAAAUUCCCCUUGUUCCCCGGGAGAUUAUUGUCAAACCGAAAUGUUUGUCUUUUACUGCUACAGACGUGGCUGGUAGGGAUAGUGUAUUACGGUGGAAUCUAUUUCGUACCCUUAUAUCUACAGAAUGUGAAAGGCGAUUCUCCCAUCUUGUCUGCCGCUUUGUUACUACCACUGGUUCUUGGGCAAGUCCUUACCACGACCAUAUCUGGCUUUGCCGUCAAGUGGACCAACCGAACCUGGCCAUCUUUCGUUGUCGGCUUCAUCUUGUGGACGGCAGGUCAAGGAGCUCAGCUGUGCUUUGAGAAAGAAACUACAAAUGGCGUGAUCAUUGGAUGCUUGAUCUUACAAGGUUUCGGUAUCGGGUCAACAAUUCAAAGCACUCUCGUUCUAGCUCAAGCAUCCGGACCGUCAAGUGAUAGAGCUGUAGUGACUGGGGUCCGAAAUUUCGCAAGAACUAGUGGUGGAGCGAUUGGUCUAGCAAUCGGUAACAGUAUACUGCAGAAUAUCUUCCUUACAAGUUUGCCCGACACCCUUUCCAUGGAAGUACGCGAGCAGCUGGGACAAAAUUUUGAUACAAUCAAGCUGUUGGACGAAACUUCCGCCUCGCAGGUGAGGGAUGCAUAUAUGGCUGGUAUACGGAAGGUGUUCAUAUUCUUCGUCCCUGUGGUUGCCCUGUGUCUUCUUAUGUGUAUCUUCAUCAAGGACAUUCCACUCGACGUUCCUCCUGCCCCCGUUUUGCCCAUGAAAAUAGAAGCGGAAACGAUCCCCUAG